AUGGGGGUGCAAAUUGAUCCCAAACAAAUCUUCAAGAUUGAAAAGCAAGAAAUAGUGAUCGGUGUAGUUGGUCACGUGUCUUCUUUAGCAUGUAGUGGUGUAAUUUUAAACAUUUUUAGAUCAAUCUACCCAGAGGAAACUAAAGAUCCUAGUGUUCAUGUUUUACUGAUAUCAUCUUCUGUGACUACGUUUCCUGUUGUAAGUGCCUUUCUAACAGAGAUGAAUAUUAUUAAUUCAGAGGUUGGACGCAUAGCUGUAUCCACUUCUGUGGUUAGUGAUUCGUUCAUGUGGGUAUUUUAUUUUGUGGUAAUCAAAGGUGCUAUAGCGAUUCGACGAGAAACAUAUAAACCUAUUACAGAAAUAAUGGUGUCGGUUUCUUAUGUCGCCCUUUUAUUCUUCCUUUUAAGGCCAUUAGUUAUAUGGAUCUCCAAUCGUAAUCCACGAGGAAAACCAAUGACAGAAACUCAUUUUAUUUCAAUCAUUUGUAUACUUUUGUUUGUUGGAUUGACUGCAAGUAUUACAGGACAACCUCCUUUUGUUGUUGCCUUUUGUUUUGGGUUGAUCUUACCUGAUGGUCCUCCUUUAGGUUCUGUUCUCACAGAAAAGCUUGACACUGUCGGUUCUACUUUGAUAGUUCCAUCUUAUUGUACCAUUGUUGCCCUUAAAACCAGUCCUCGUUCAUUAGUAGAAUUCAAGUCACUCACCAUUGAGCUUAUCUUACUUGCAAUGUAUCUAGGGAAGUUUCUGGGCACCAUUUUCUCCUCACUUCUUUUUCAGAUUGAUUUUUGGGAUUCUUUUGCAUUGUCUCUAAUCAUGUGUUGUAAAGGCCUCACGGAUCUCUGCCUCCUCAACUUAUUAUUGAAUAUGAAGGCAAUAGAAGAACAACCUUUCACCCUUGCUAUAUUUACCAUGGUGGUAGUAACUGGUUGUGCAAGUCUUUGUGUUUAUCACAUGUAUGAUCCUUCAAAAAAGUAUAGAUCAUAUAUUAAAAAGACAAUCAGGAAUUCUCAGCCAGAACCAGAUCUCAAAAUACUUGCAUGUGUCCAUCACGAAGAACAUGUAUAUCCAAUCAUCAACCUUUUGCAAGCCGCUAACCCUAGAGAGGAUACUCCACUCUCAGUCUUUGUCCUUCACCUUGUGGAGCUUUCAGGUAGUGUCAUUCCCACUUUCACAGAAGAUAAUAUUGCUAACAAGUCAUCUCAACACAUACACAACGCCUUUGAUCAAUUUCACAAGCACAACAACGGUUCUGUCAACUUGCAUUUCUUCACAGCAAAAACCCCAUUUGUCAGCAUGCCCUACGAUGUAUGCAACCUUGCAAUGGAGUUCACGUCUAACAUUGUGAUCAUGCCAUUUCAUAAAUGGUACAGUAAAGAUAAUAUUGAGUACUUGAAUGCUUCGAUCAGGACACUGAACCAACAUGUUCUAAAGAAAGCUCCUUGCUCUGUUGGAAUCUUUGUAGAUCGGGGUCAGAUCAAUGACAAAGGAUUUGUGUUAUAUGAGAAGUUGAUUUGUGAAGUUGCAAUGAUGUACUUGGGUGGAGGGGAUGACCAAGAGGCAUUGUCUUUUAGUUUACGUAUAGCUCAGCAUCCAAAUGUGAGACUCACGGUAUUCUGGGUAAGGGUUAAAACGCAAAGCAAACAAAGGAAAACGAAGAACCCUUACAUUGACUUGAGGGAGCAUAUACGUUAUUGUAGUUACCUUGAAGGAAAAGUAACAUUCAAGGAAGAGGUUGUAGAAGAUGGUGCAGAUACAACAAAAGCUAUUCUAAGAAUAGAGAAACUCUUUAGUUUGAUCGUAGUUGGUAAGCAUCAUGUGAAAGAAUCUCCAUGUACAUUAGGGUUGACAGAAUGGUGUGAACUUCCUGAGCUUGGUCCACUUGGAAACCUCUUAGCCACAUCAGAUUUUACAUGUUCAUUUUUUGUGGUACAAGAACUACCAAGGUGGUUCUAG